GUAGAACGAACUACAAUGGCAUUCAAAUUCAUUAAUUUUGCUGGACUUUUGGCGAUCGCCAACGCUGGAUUACUUCCAGUCUACCACGGCUACGCUGAGUCUCACUACGUCCAACAAGCUCCAUUGGUCUACUCAGCUCCGGUAGUCUCACACACCGUGGUGAAGCCAAUUGACUACGAAUUCGACCACCACCCCCAAUACAGCUUCAACUACGGUGUUCAAGAUCCCCACACUGGUGACUCCAAAUCUCAACAUGAAGUGAGAGACGGUGAUGUCGUCAAGGGAAGCUACAGCCUCAUUGAAGCCGAUGGUACCAAAAGAAUUGUCGAAUACACCGCUGAUGAUCACCACGGAUUCAACGCUAUUGUCCACAAAAAACCAGCCCACUACGCCGUUAAAACUGUUGCUCCAGUUGUACACGCUCCAGUAGUACACACUCCAGUAGUUCAAGCUCCAGUGUACGCACCUCUCGCAUACAAACCAUACAACAGCUACUCCAACUACAACAGACACUCUGCCUACAACUACAACUUGGUAGUUGUAAGUAGAGUGGCCGUAGUAGUUGGAGUAGCUAUUGUAUGGUUUGUAUGCAAGAGGUGCGUUGUAGCUGUUGUAUGGUUUGUAUGCGACGGGUGCGUACACUGGAGCUUGAACUACUGGAGUGUGUACAACUGGAGCGUGUACAACUGGAGCAACAGUUUUAACGGCGUAGUGGGCUGGUUCUUUGUGGACAACAGCGUUGAAUCCGUAGUGGUCAUCGGCGGUAUAUUCGACAAUUCUUUUGGUACCAUCGGCUUCAAUCAGGCUGUAGCUUCCCUUGACGACAUCACCGUCUCUCACUUCGUGUUGAGAUUUAGAGUCACCAGUGUGGGGAUCUUGGAGACCGUAGUUGAAGCUUUCGCACAGAAAUUUUUGGAGUAUAAAAGCCGAGAAAAUAUAUUUCAAAUUAUCAUUCAACCAACAACGGUAAAACGAACUACAAUGGCAUUCAAAUUCAUUACUUUUGCUGGACUUUUGGCGAUCGCCAACGCUGGAUUACUUCCAGUCCACCACGGCUACGCUGCGUCUCACUACGUCCAACAAGCUCCAUUGGUCUACUCAGCUCCGGUAGUUUCACACACCGUGGUGAAGCCAAUUGACGAGAAAUUUGACCACCACCCCCAAUAUAGCUUCAAUUACGGUGUCCAAGAUCCCCACACUGGUGACUCCAAAUCUCAACACGAAGUGAGAGACGGUGAUGUCGUCAAGGGAAGCUACAGCCUCAUUGAAGCCGAUGGUACCAAAAGAAUUGUCGAAUACACUGCUGAUGACCACCACGGAUUCAACGCCGUUGUCCACAAAGAACCAGCCCACUACGCCGUUAAAACUGUUGCCCCAGUUGUCCACGCUCCAGUUGUACACACUCCAGUAGUUCAAGCUCCAGUGUACGCACCUCUCGCAUACAAAUCAUACAACAACUACAACGCACCCCUCGCAUACAAACCAUACAACAGCUACUCCAACUACUACGGCCACUCUGCUUACAACUACCAGUACUAAUUUUAAAUCGCCCAUUGCUGAUUUUAUUAAUGUGUAUUUUGUAGUAAAAAUGUUUGGACUUCUUGAAUAAAUAUAAUUCACUUUAAU